CCAUUUCCUGCGUUCACUGCAUUCAUGGGCUGUAAGCACAGGCUGACAGCCGGCUUUGCUACGGUCAGAUCAGCGAUGACAACACAGAUGAACGCGUGAACAUACUUAGCACCUCUGGUUUCAGUUGUCUGCAGACAGCUGCAUUUGAAAUAAGUCUUCUUUUAAUGCCAGACUUCCCAGUUUUUCUGGAACUGGCUUGAAAGGUGAGAGACACUGUUUCCUUUUAUCCAUGGAGUUGCCAUUUUUUCAUGGGAAGAUAACCAGAAGAACGUGUGAAGAAUUGCUGAGCAAGAACGGAAAGAAUGGUAGCUAUCUAAUACGAGAGAGUGAAAAUGUGGAAGGAGCUUUAUGUCUCUGUGUUUUCUUUGAAAAACUCAUCUACACUUACCGUAUCUUCAGAGAACACCAAGGAUAUUUUAGAAUAGAGACCUCUGAAGAUAUUCCAGCAAGGCUCUUCAGAACACUGAAGGAUCUAAUAUACAGUUACGAAAAGCCAAAUCAAGGACUGAUAAUAAACCUCCGCUAUCCAGUAAUGAAACCGAAGGCCUCACAAAGAAACCAGAGGUUCAAGUCAGAAAAAGAUGACAUCUAUGAUGAUAUUAAUGACAGUGAUUAUGUCACUGUCUUGCCCUGAAUGAUAGACAACGUGAGGACUUGGGAAGCUGCUGUUUCAGGCUGCGCCACCACACAGCAGAUGGGCUGGGGAGAGCUGCGCUGAGUGUUCUCCACUCUGGAUCUGGACCACUGGCAUUAGUGCCUUUUGCAGACUGUGAGAGCAGCUCUAUUUUCUCCCAGUGGCUCCAGGACCAGCUACUAUGUAUUUUUGUUCAGCAAGAAAAUAAUUUUUAUAAUAGAUGCAUGCAUACAUGCACAUCUCUGUACAUAUAUAUGGGUGGGGGAAGGGUAUCAGUAUGCAUGUAUGUGUAUUUUGGUUUUUCAGUCAGCAAACUGUCCAGGAAGUCUACUCCUAAAACGAAUAAUCUGUUAGAAGGAAGCAGUAUAAAUACGAUAAAUGAAUGUGCAUAAAGCAGUAGUUUAUGGCAGAACCAAUAGAUGUUGAUAAAAACCAUAGAAGACAACAAUUCUCCUGGAAUCGUUUGAUGCUUAAAAACCUCUAAGCUCUGUUAAGCCUCUCAGCUCUGUUACUUUGUGCACAAUUCAUAUUAGCUCAUUGUUGGAUAGUGGAUAGUAUUUCAGUUUUGUCAAGGAAUACUAGGAUUAUACUGUAGUUUGGAAUUAAAACAAAAAGGCUGUGUUUGAUCCGCAUCAUAAAGAAUUAAUCAACAACAUGAAAAUGGUUUGAAAUACUUUUAAUAUUGAUGAAUGGUUCUGGCAGAUUACAAGAGGAGUGCAAGUUCUAGAUGCAUGUUGGUAUUAACACAUCUUUUUUUUUAAUAGAUACGGUACAAAUGAGACUGCUUACUAUAUUUCAUUUGCCAUGGCCAUUAGCUCUGUAUUGUAAUGUGCAUGUUGGGGGAUUUUUCCUAAUGUAAGAAUUUACUUUAUUCUUACCUCUAAAUUUAAGUAUUUAAUAUACACUUUCGUUCUGAAGGUGCCUGCAAUUAGCAGCCUGAGUCAGAACUGAAACAUAUGUCCUGAUUCUCCCAGUCACUAGUGCCAACUCCCUCCCAGUUUGUGAUCUCGAGGAAGACAUUUGUCUUGGUUGUGUGAUCUUUCACAAAUUAUUUAUGUAUUUUUAUGGGUAAUACUAGUUUGAUUUCUUUCUUAUUAUGUAUCUUUCACACCGCUCUUUGUAAAAGGGCUUUUUUUAGUGCUUUGGACUUCAUUAUAAGUUUAACAGCACUAACAGUUUUUGGUGCCAGGCUCAACUGGUACUUGUAGCAUGAAGGAGGUAAAACAUAAGAGUAUAAAUUAACUCUGGCAUUGCCAGAAAUACCAGCAUAUGUGUCAAAAAUAAUGUAUGGAAAACAAACUAUUUCUCCACAAAAAAUGGUACUAUUGGAGAGAAAAAAAGCUGUGGGGGACUACGGUGAGUCCGUGGAUUCCCUGACGGAGGGCAUGGGAACAGAAAUUAGCCUUGAAGAUAUGAAGGCCUACCCGUGAGGAAGAUGCGAGUAAAGGAAUAUCUGGAGAUGUUAAGGAUGUACCCAUGAAAGAGAAGGGAGUAGAAGAGUAACAUUGAUGAUAGCAAAAUUAGCCAAUGAGAUGUUACUGCUGUAACUUGUAACCAAUAAUGAAGAGACACAUUAAUUGGUGAAACUGUAUAAAAAUGCACUUGUGUCAAUAAAUGGCAUCUACUACUUUCAUCCUGGAA